CUCGUAUGUCUGACCGAGCGCGUUGAAGAUUUGGUAGCAGAAUUCAAUAGGCGCAUUGUACUUGGCGCCGUCAAUGAAUCAGACGCGGACAAGAUGGAUUCAGAUGACCCAGAUGAAAAUAGGUGGUAUCACUCCUUCAAGAAACUUAUGGAAUGGUGUCCCUCGGCUCGUAAUUUACUACGGUCGUCAGCCGAGCACGAAAUUCUUGCUUUUGCCUACAACAAGCUGAAUGAAGGCUCUGACGGGGCCAGAGGAGACGACUCUGCUAGUCUUAAGUGUGCUGUCGCCGAUUGGCUAAUGGAACGCACUCCCACACCAAAUCCCACCAUUCACAGACAAGACAAGUCUGGUCAGGGUUUCUACAACGACGUGACAGGCGGACUCCUGUGCCCAGUUGAUUACGACUGGAGCAAUCCCAUUGUUCGAGCCUCCAUUCGAGACUACCAUCCCGAUUUCUGUAUCACCACUUGCUCCUGGCCGUCAUUCCUGUACGAGAAUGGAUGCUAUGACCCCCAGAAUCCUGCCAAUGGUUUGUUUAAAGGCAAACUACUUAUAAAGGCAUUCAAACGCGUGUUCACCUCUCCAACUUCCACAUACGAGGAACAACCUGCUGACUCGGCGGCUUGUUCUGUACGGAAGAAGAACAGUGCCGAGUGUCGCACUCGGCGCGAUCUAAGAUUUGCGUUGUCGAGCGCGGGAUCUUGGCGCAUCGUUGACGACGAAUUCAACCAUCAAGAGUUCUACGACAAUAUUGUGGACUAUCUCGAGCUCCCUCCAUCGCCAGAAGCCGUGAAAGAUGUCGACGACCUUUUGCUGUGGUGGAAUCAAAAGGUUUUUGGUAGAAAAUUUGUCUCCGAUUAUCGCCCGCAGCAUGUGAACAAAAUGUCGGUCGCCAUGACUUUGGCCAGGCGCUAG